AUGUUAGGGGAGAGCGGCCGCCCAGGCCCUGGCUGUGAAAUCGGGGAGCCCUCAGUGUUCCCCGGAGGCAGGGCCCGCCACCUGCUGGUCCCCUGGAGGGAAAAGUUCAGGCUGUGCCACAAGCCGGGAGUCAGCUCACCCAGGGCGGGCAGGCAAGAGCCCCCCUCACCACCUCUCCAAACCCCUCUGCGUGCAGGUGGCCUGAUCCUGGCAGUGCUACUGGUCUCCUGGGCGGCACUGGCUCCCCACGGCCUACGGGGAGCAGAGCCGGGGACAUCGGGGGACACCAAGGACCCACCCUGCCCGGCAGUGUGUAUGUGCAGCCGAGGCGACUACGCCGACGAGCUCACGGUCUUCUGCAGCGCCAGGAACCUCAGCCAGCUGCCUGCGGGCCUCCCCAACGACACCAGGGCCCUGUGGCUGGACGGGAACAACUUCUCCUCCGUGCCGCCCGCUGCCUUCCAGAACCUGUCGAGCCUGGACUUCCUCAACCUGCAGGGCAGCCGACUGGGCAGCCUGGAGCCGCAGGCGCUGCGGGGCCUGCACAGCCUGUACCACCUGCACCUGGAGCACAACCAGCUGCGCAGCCUGGAGCCCCACACCUUCGCACACACGCCCAGCCUGGCCUCGCUCAGCCUUAACAACAACCAGCUGGGCCGGCUGGAAGACGGCCUCUUCCGGGGCCUGACCAGCCUCUGGGACCUCAAUCUGGGCCGGAACAGCCUCGUGGUGCUGCCCGACGGCGCCUUUCAGGGCCUGGGGAACCUGCGCGAGCUGGUGCUGGCUGGCAACAAGCUGGCCUACCUGCAGCCGGCGCUCUUCUGCGGGCUCGGUGAGCUCCGGGAGCUGGACCUGAGCAGGAACGCGCUGCGCAGCGUCAAGGCCAACGUCUUCGUGCAGCUGCCGCGGCUGCAGAAGCUCUACCUGGAGCGCAACGCCAUCAAUGCCGUGGCCCCGGGCGCCUUCCUGGGCAUGAAGGCGCUGCGCUGGCUCGACCUGUCCCACAACCGCAUCACCGGCCUGCUCGAGGACACCUUCCCCGGCCUGCUGGGCCUGCACGUCCUGCGCCUGGCCCACAAUGCCCUGGCCAGCCUGAGGCCCCACACCUUCAAGGACCUGCACUUCCUGGAGGAGCUGCAGCUGAGCCACAACCGCAUCCAGCAGCUGGCGGAGAGGACUUUCGAGGGCCUGGGGCAGCUGGAAGUGCUCACCCUCAAUGACAACCAUAUCCAGGAGAUCAAGGUCGGAGCCUUCCUCGGCCUGCUCAACGUGGCCGUCAUGAACCUCUCCGGGAACUGCCUGCGCACCCUGCCGGAGCAGGUAUUCCAGGGCCUGGGCCACCUGCACAGCCUGCACCUGGAGCGCAGCUGCCUAGGCCGCGUGCGCCCACGCACCUUCGCGGGCCUCACGGGGCUCCGCAGGCUCUUCCUCAAGCACAGCGGCAUCAACAGCAUCGACGAGCAGAGCCUGAGGGGGCUGCCCGAGCUGCUGGAGCUCGACCUGGCCGGCAACCAGCUGAGCCACCUGCCCCGUCGGCUCUUCCAGGGCCUCGGCAAGCUCGAGUACCUGCAGCUGGCCCGCAACCAGCUGUCGGCGCUGUCCGCCGAGGCCCUGGGUCCGCUGCGGCAGCUCUUCUGGCUGGACCUCUCGCACAACCGCCUGGAGGCGCUGGCCGAGGGCGUGCUGGUGCCCCUGGGGCAGCUGCGCCACCUGAGCCUCAGGAACAACUCCCUGCGGAGCCUCGCGCCUCCACAGCCGGGCCUGGAGCGCCUGUGGCUGGAGGGCAACCCCUGGGACUGUGGCUGCCCGCUCAAGGCGCUGCGGGCCUGGGCCCUGCGAAGCCCGGCCAUAGUGCCUCGCUUCGUGCAGGCCGUGUGUGAGGGUGAUGACUGCCAGGUGCCCGUGUACGCUUACAACAACAUCACCUGUGCCAGCCCCGCCGGAGUGGUGGGCCUGGACCUGCGGGACCUGCCCGAGGACCACUUUGCCCACUGCUGA